AUGGGGUGUUACAUUACUCCACCUGUUGAGAGACAUAUUAAUGAUCUCACUGCAUCGGCUUUAACAGACCCGUCUGUAUACACUAGUGAGGGGUUACCCGGUGGUCCCAUUGACACUUAUGUUCUCACAGGAUAUGUGGAUCAAGUGACUUUCACGUUAUGGCAGGGAGACAUGUUCUCCACCCAUGGGAUGAAGCUGAAGAAGUUCUAUGAUGUUGUGAUGCCACCAUAUGUGAAGGCGAUAGUUGAUGAGUGUGGUCUUCUUCCUUUGGUGGAUUGUUCUCCAACCAUACUUGGUGCUUCAUUUAUGAUUACCUUUGUUGAGCAGUGGCACAAUGAGACAUAUGCAUUCCAUAUUCCAUUUAUUAGUUUCUUCACUGCUCAUAUCAUUAGUCAGGAGACUACACUUUUGACUUCUAUACAACUCUUGGGGAUUAUAAAGGAGAGGUAUGACGAGCUAGUGGGUCAGAGUAUGUUUGAGGAAGUCGCUAGGGUAUACAUGCUACAUCUUAUAGGAUGUACUAUCUUAGUCGAUAAGUCUAAUGUAUACAUCAAUGUGAAGUACAUAUGGCUGUUUAACAGCCUUGAGCAUUGCAGAUGGGCAUGGGAGUGUGCUGCAUUGACAAUUCUAUAUGCUUCCCUUAGAGAGGCGACUGUUUUUAAGACUAGACAUCUUUCCAGUUAUAUGAACAGGUUGUUGCUACCAUCCUUUGAUUCCCCACAAGAUAAGAGACGGAGGAUCAAGCAUGCAUAUAUGAGAGGUGUUGUGGAGUAUAAGAAGAGGCUUUAUGCGCUGAUUAUAGAUGAUGUCAUAUGGACACCCUACACAAAGCAUAGAGCGGAUAUACCGGAUGAGGAGAUAGGGGAUGCUAUACUUUUUUCUGGUUACCUGCGAUGA